AUGGAAUCAGGAUCGUCUCUUGUUUUGAAUUAUUAUGAAAUGGAUGACUCUUUUUUGAGAGAUUUCGGGCUUUUGACGAAGGAGGAUAUUUACUUCAAUGGAAAGCCUCGAAUUCCUGGUUUCCCUACGGCUCAAAAUCCUCCUAAAGCUGAAGAAAAUGAUUACACAUUGAAACCCCUACUAAUGUCAAAAUCUUCAGUAAAUAACAAACACAAAAGUAACCAUCCGAUGAAAAAUAACUUCAAGAACGACUUGAAUUAUGAUAAAGUGUCACUAGUUUCCUAUUCAACAUUCUCUGCAAGAUCAACUGCCUCAAUUAAAAAAAGGAUGAAUAAUAACAAAACUUCAUUUUUAGCGGAACCAGAGUCAAUUCUUUUUAAUUUUUAUCAACCAGGGAGUGUUUAUGAAGCUUUUAUUAAGAUACGUAAUGUUUCUCAGACUGCGCGAUCUAUUCGCGUUUUGCCGCCAAAAACAACUUACUUUUCAGUCAAUGAAGGAAAAUUCCCACUGCCAGGCAGUAGUGUCAUUGCGCCUGGAAUGGCUGCUACUUUCCUACUACAGUUUAGACCAGACAGUUUGGGUGAUUUUGAAGAUGAAUUAAUAAUUAGAUAUGAAAAUCAAUUAGAGUCAUUAUUUGUUAAACUACUUGGACGAAAAUCCCGCCCCCAACUUAACUUGCUAGAGUGCUACGAUUUGGGGUGCGUAUUAAAAGGCAGUACUAAGAUGAAUACCAUUAAAAUUGAAAACUCUAAUCCAGAUGUGGUUUCCAGCGGAAACUUUCUUUUUAUUACCAAACAGUCAUUUGACCAAUAUCCAAAAUAUGAUGCAAAAAACUUUCAAGAAUACUAUGCAUCUUAUGUCAGUGGUCACACAUCAUCUCUAUGUCUGGAAUCAUUUUCUCUUGAACCUGUACAAUUCACCCUUGAAGCACUGAAACCAGUCACCAUAACAAUAGAAUUCAAACCUGUUUCUCUUGGAGAAUAUAAAUGGGAACUUGUGCUACUUUGCGACAAUGGACAAUCUUUUCCAGUAACAUUCAAAGGUACAGGAGAAGAACUGAAGUUAGAAAUAAUUGAGAUCAUGGAUGAGCAUGUUGAUCCUUCAGGAAUUUCAUCAUUUAGAAGAAUUGGAGAUAAUUCAAGCAAUUUAUUUUAUUUCUAUCAGUUCCCAGUGCAGUACCCUUAUACUGUAGCCCCAAAGACAAUGAAAAUUUUUAAUGCCUGUUCACAAUCACUGCGUUUUCAAUGGGUUCAACAAAAUCCAUCAUGUAAAACACGUUGCGAAGAAUAUUCUCCAGAUAGCCUUAUUAAAAAUGAUGAUGUCUUGAAUCAACGUAAAUCCUUAUCUACAAGCUUAGCAACAUCUCCAGAAACGCGGCUGGAAGAUGCUUCACCUUUAUUAUUCACUAUUCAUCCAACAACUGGAGUAUUUGAGCCGAACGAAAUAAAAUCCUUUGAAAUUCGUUUCAAUCCAAUUGAGGUUGGAGAGUUUACAACUGUACUUGAAAUGAUAUUACUUAACAUUCCACUUGUGGAUGAACUCAACAACUGUUACACAGUGGAUAAAAAACACCUGACGAUUGAAUUAAAAGGUGUAACGGAAUCGGUGCCGAUAUCGAUUGAACCAUCUAUUUUAAUUAUACCAGGAAAAUGUCUGCCCAACGUUCCGCUGCACCACACUAUUCAGCUGCUGAAUAAAUCUCAUAACUGCCCAGUUGCAUAUUGUUGGCAGUGUAAUUUUGACUUUAAAAGAAACUCUAACACUUCAAGUGCUUGUAGUCAGUCUGCAGUGGAAGAUUAUCAGCCGACUUCAUCAAAAAAACUAGACAAGAAUAAUGAUAUAAAAAAGUCGGAUGAACGUCUAAUUAUCUUAGAGCCAACUAUGGGUGUAAUUGCUCCAAGACAAUCAAUCAAUGUUGACAUAUUCUUAUCUUCUUCAAAAUCUAUGAAAGUAAAAGAAGACGUCCCCUGCUUUAUUGACAUACUGCCAAAUUCUCCUCUGUGGCUGCACAUUGAAGCUGAAUUCAUGGAACCAGCAAUUAUGUUUGAUAUACCAGAUUGUAAUUUUGGUCUUAUGCGUCUAAAUGAAACGGUUAGACGGAAAGUAGUACUAACAAAUACUUCCCCUUCAUCAAGAAAGUGGUUCUUGAAACUGGACAAUAUGGUUGGUAGGAUUGCAUCUGAAAUCGAAAUAAGUCCAUCCAGUGGAAUUUUGAAACCAUUUCAAUCAGUCACUGUGAAUUUGUCAUUUACACCACAGCUAUCAAGGAGUGUUCGUGAAGUUAUUUCAGUGCAAACGGAAGACACCGAAGAAAUAAGUAAACUCCUCAUAUUAGCUGAAGUUCAAACUCCACUAAUAGAUUUUGAACCAAAUCAUGUUAAUUAUGAUCAAUGUUUUUGGAAUAUUCCUAUCACUAAGAUGAUAACUGUUACCAAUUUGAGUUCAUUGGAAUUUGAUUUGGAAUGGAUGGAUCCUGUUGGAAACGAUAAAGAAUGGGUUACUGUAACCAUAACACCUAAGUGUUGCCGAAUGAGUGGUCAACAAAAACAGGCUCAGGCUAAUGACCUUCGGAUUCCAUUACGUGUAAAUGGACUGAAUGAAUUGCUUUGGUUACCUAUUACAGCUAAUGUUCAUGGAGUUUCAUUGAAAUACUGUUUACUCAAUCAAGAAAGCAUAGAUCUCACAGAUGAGGAAUGUUCGUAUGAAUACCAUAAUAUUACAUCAGAGAAAGGAAAUACACCACCUGUCUUAGAUUUUGGACAAAAUGUUGGUUUAUUUGAACCAGUGGAGAAAUGGAUUGUAUUUAAAAAUUUCACCCCUAUCCCGACCAGAAUAUGUGUGGACAUGGGUAAUUUAUGUUCGAAAAUCGGGUAUUCUGAGUAUGAAAAUUAUACUUACAAGCCUGAACUGGGUGCUCAGAGAUAUUUAAUAAAGCUUUCAUCAAACCAGUCUACUGAAAAUGGUUUAAGUAAGCAGACGUUUUUACACAAAGAUGAAAGUAAAACUGAGAUCAGAAAUUUAUAUGGCUGGUGUAACUUAUUACUUAGGCAGUCAAAAGGUUCUUGCGUACUAGCUCAUUCAGCUAUUUCGUCAUUCAAUAGUUCAUCUGAUUUCCGAUUAGCUGAAUUACACUUGGUUACAACUAAUCAAUCUUCAUCGAAACCGCUGGUUACGCCAUCAUGGUGUCUUCCUGGAUACGGUUAUUUGAGAUUUGCUUCAUAUGUGUUGCUAAUCUAUGGGGUGUAUAUCAAGAUAAUAUUCGUAUUCAUAUAUUCCCAGAAUUCGGCAUUACAAAUGAAUCAGGUUUACAGCUUAUCGAAAUGUCACUUUGGUCAAUUAUCUAGUAAAGCAGUUAUGGAUAAUAAACUGAAGAGUGAUUAUAUAUUACCGAAAACUGCUUUACCACUGAUAGCAACAAGACAGUUUAUACGGUUUGGUAGCACGUUAUUUAAUGGUCCAACUAUGAAACGAAACAUUCGUCUACAUAAUUCAUGCGAAACAGCGAUAAGAAUAGACUGGCAAAUAUUUCUGGAUUCUGAAAUAGAAGAAAAUGACCAACUAUUAAAUUUGUUGUGCUUUAUUUCAGAGCCUUUUCAAAACUUAUCAUCCAGUAAAUUAAGUUAUGCUCCUUCCUCAGUUUCUGAAAAUUUAAAAACCAUUGCAAACUUGAAGGAGGAUAUCACAACAAAGCCACUAAUCAAUUUAGUACUUCGACCGUACGAUGGGAAGUUGAUAUGGCAGUCAUCCUCAGCACAAAUAUGUCCUUUAAUUAAAGAAAACUAUACAAGACUCUUCACUGUAUCUCCUGAACAACUGAUAAUACCAUCACAUGAAGAAUGUACAGCUACUAUCAUAAUGAAUCCAAUGGAAGCAUACUCAACAAUGAAAUGUUACUCAAUGUUUGAUUUGAAAGCUCAUAUCAUUGGUUAUUUGAGUAUAGAUUCAAAAGAAUUUCUAGAUAUCCCACGUACAAAUGCAUUGACCACAGAACAACUACGAUUUGAUAUAACUGCUAAAUUAGAGCAACCAAGACUAAUGAUUGAUUUGAAUGACGAUCAUUUAGAAGUUGAUAAAAUGUGUCUUCCUGUUCCAUUCUUGGAAGAACAGGUUUUGUACUUUCAUUCUGGUCUGGGAGACUGCUAA